AUGAAUUGUAUUUCAGGUAAAAUUACUGCACCAGCUUGGACUAUACCGUCACCUUACAUCAGGGUAGUCUUCCGCCGCCUCCGCCCCAGGCUCCACACCAGGGUCAUCAAGAACAUAAUCUUUGUUCCUUUAGGAUCUCACCCUUCUAAAGGAUUGGAUCCAGAUGACGUGCCUACAUUCGUAGCGAAGGAGCUACACAAGCUCCCUCCGGUCACGUUCGACCACGUCGAUGUCACCAGGUCGCUCAAGGACAUCAACUUCCUUAAAGCAAAUCUGGCCGAUGUAGUGAACAAAUCACCCGAGGCCUCCAACGUGAACACACGUCGCGGGGCGCAUAAUGCAUCCGUCGGCAGUUUAGAGUCGAAAGGGUUUCAUCACGGUGAAGAGGAAGAAGAGGAAGCCCAUUCGUCGCAAUCUGUGCGGUGUGCCCCGAUCGGACUGAAUAAACUUCUGCGUCCAGCGAUACCUGUGACGCUACUGUAUGUGUCCCGCUUGUAUUACACCACGAAGGCGGAGGGGAUCGCAGAAUACUUGCGUACGAAGACCAAUUUCUCCCUGAGGGCCGCGCGUUUGGAGUCUCGCCAUGACGUGAAUUUAUAUUCAUUUGUGGUGAGAGUGCCGACUGAACAUCUGGCGACCUUUUUGAAAAAGGAGCUUUGGCCGAAAGGUGUGGUGUUCCGGCGUUUCAAAGGCAGGCUACCUGACACCACUCCGCACCACACGUCGCCGACUAAACGUGUUAUUUAG